AGUAAUUUGACAUGCAUUGAGACCACAUUCUGUGUCACGGUGACAGAAGAAGCUGCUGCUGCCGCGCGUCCGACGGAGAGGGAAUACUGCUACUGUACCGAACUCGUUUCAUCCAACCGUUUAUAACGACAGCAGCCCCGGGCAAUGACAUUAACCUAUUGAAAGAGGAAUAAUAGAAGGAAAACGCAAAGAUGACGGUGGACUUUGAAGAAUGUAUUAAAGACUCUCCACGAUUCAGGGCGGGCAUCAAUGAGGUGGAGACGGAUGUGGUGGAGAUCGAAGCUAAACUAGAAAAGCUGGUGAAGUUAUGUAGCGGUAUGAUCGAGGCGGGCAGAGCGUACGUUAGCGCCAACAAGCUGUUUGUCAACGGCAUCAAAGACUUGUCUCAGCAGUGCAAGAAGGAAGAAAUGAUCUCUGAGUGUCUGGAGAAGUGUGGGGAGAGCCUGCAGGAGAUCGUCAACUACAACAUGAUCCUAUUUGACCAGGCCCAGAGGUCAAUCAAACAGCAACUGCACACCUUCAUCAAAGAGGACGUGCGUAAGUUCAAGGAGACGAAGAAGCAGUUUGACCGUGUGAGGGAGGACAUGGAGAUAGCCCAGGUGAAGAAUGCCCAGGCCCCCAGGAACAAACCUCACGAGGUGGAGGAGGCCACUUCCUCUCUCACCCUGACCAGGAAGUGCUUCAGGCACCUGGCCCUGGACUACGUACUGCAGAUCAAUGUUCUUCAGGCUAAGAAGAAGUUUGAGAUCCUUGAUGCAAUGCUGUCGUUCAUGCGAGCCCAGUACACCUUGUUUCAACAGGGCUAUAAAAUAUUGGAUGAGAUUGAUCCCUACAUGAAGAAACUAGCUGCAGAGCUGGAUCAGCUGGUCAUAGACUCAGCCAUGGAGAAGAGAGACCUGGAACACAAACAUGCUACCAUACAGCAGAGGACUCUGAUGGAGGACUUCUCCUAUGAUGAUAAUAAGGUGGAGUUCAACGUGGACGCUCCUAACGGAGUGGUGAUGGAAGGUUACCUGUUCAAGAGGGCCUCCAAUGCCUUCAAGACCUGGAACAGACGGUGGUUCUCCAUACAGAACAGCCAGCUGGUCUACCAGAAGCGACUUAAGGAUGCCCUGACGGUGGUGGUGGAGGACCUGAGGCUGUGUUCAGUCAAACCUUGUGAGGACGGAGAGAGGAGGUUCUGCUUCGAGGUGGUGUCCCCCACUAAGAGCUGUAUGCUCCAGGCAGAGUCAGAGAAGUUACGGCAGGCCUGGAUCCAAGCUGUACAGGCCUCCAUCGCCUCUGCAUACAGAGAGAUAUCAGACAACUACUACAUUGAGCGUCUGGACCGGACAGCCUCCCCCUCUACCAGCAGUAUAGACUCAGCCAGCGAGCCCCGGGGGGAGAAAUGGGGGAGAGGGGGUGAGGGCAGGGGGGAGAGCAUCCUCCACCGGGUGCAGACCCUCCUGGGUAAUGAGCUGUGUUGUGACUGCUCCCAGGCUACACCAUGCUGGGCCUCCAUCAACCUGGGAGUCCUGCUCUGCAUCGAGUGCUCUGGCAUACACAGGAGUCUUGGGGUGCAUUGCUCCAAGGUUCGUUCACUAACACUGGACUCCUGGGAACCAGAGCUACUCAAGUUGAUGUGUGAGCUGGGUAACAAUGUGAUUAACCACAUCUAUGAGGGAGCCUGUGAGGAACUGGGAGUGAAGAAACCUGGACCUUCCAGUCCUAGACAAGAGAAGGAGGCGUGGAUCAAGGCCAAAUAUGUGGAGAGGCGUUUCCUGAAGAAGAUGAGUGUCAGUGACUCAUUGGUGGAAGGUGAGAGGAAGUCCCGCCCCUGGACCGUGAAGAAGUGUCAUCGCCACAACAGCUCCAUCCGAGGAGCGCCCAAAACCCGCCGGAAAUACCGACACGACCCCGGUUUGAUUUCACCUGGAAACCUCUCCGCAGCUGCAGCAGCAGCGAAGCUCCGUCGAGACUCUCUGUUUUGUCCUGAUGAGAUGGACAACCUCUUCUCCUACUUCGACACUGGCAAUGGCACCCGCAGCCCUGCAGGUCUGAGCAGUGACAGUGGGCUGGGAGGCAGUACAGACGGGAGCACAGACAUCCUGGUGUUUGGCUCAGUGGUCGACAGUGUCACCGAGGAGGAGUGUGAGGGUGAGUCAGAAGAGGAGGAGUCUAGCGGGGAGGUGGAGAUAGAGCAGGAGGCGGGAUCAGACCCUGAGGAGCCCCUCCCCCCGGGGGCGUUGCUCUACCGGUCGUCACGGCUACACAACCUGCCACUCAUGGCCGAGGCGCUGGCGCACGGGGCAGACGUCCACUCUGCCAGCGAUGAGGAGGGAAAGACCCCGCUCAUACAGGCCGUGACAGGGGGCUCUCUGACAGCGUGUGAGUUCCUGCUGCAGAAUGGGGCUGAUGUGAACCAGAGGGACAUGGGGGGGAGAGGACCCCUCCACCACGCUACCUACCUGGGACAUACAGGUCAAGUGUGUCUGUUCCUGAAGAGAGGGGCUUGUCAGACGGAGGUGGAUGAGGAAGGUCACGACCCUCUGAGCAUGGCUGUCCAGGCCGCUAACGCCGAUAUUGUUACACUGUUGCGGUUAGCACGGAUGAACGAGGAGAUGCGCGAGGCGGAGGGUCCGUUUGGUCAGCCAGGUAACACAACAUAUCACAUCUUUCGGGAGUUCUCGCUCAUGGCGUCCCACCAGCCCGAGAAGCUAAAGAAGAGAAUACACUUCAACAACUGCCAGACGUAGUCCAUGAUGACAUCAAAACAUACUUCAGCCACUGCCUGAGGUAGUCAAAGACUCCUAACUUGAGUCAGACUCUGAAGUGACUUACUAACAAGUCUCUGUGUCCUACACCUGAGAUCUAUUUAGGUAGAGCACCGCCAUCAAGACAGAUCUAUUUGGGUAGAGCACCAUCAAGACAGAUCUAUUUAGGUAGAGCACCAUCAAGACAGAUCUAUUUAGGUAGAGAACCACCACCAAGACAGAUCUAUUUAGGUAGAGAACCACCACCAAGACAGAUCUAUUUAGGUAGAGAACCACCACCAAGACAGAUCUAUUUAGGUAGAGAACCACCACCAAGACAGAUCUAUUUAGGUAGAGCACCAUCAAGACAGAUCUAUUUAGGUAGAGCACCAUCAAGACAGAUCUAUUUAGGUAGAGAACCACCACCAAGACAGAUCUAUUUAGGUAGAGAACCACCACCAAGACAGAUCUAUUUAGGUAGAGAACCACCACCAAGACAGAUCUAUUUAGGUAGAGAACCACCAUCAAGACAGAUCUAUUUAGGUAGAGAACCACCACCAAGACAGAUCUAUUUAGGUAGAGAACCACCACCAAGACAGAUCUAUUUAGGUAGAGCACCAUCAAGACAGAUCUAUUUAGGUAGAGAACCACCACCAAGACAGAUCUAUUUAGGUAGAGAACCACCACCAAGACAGAUCUAUUUAGGUAGAGAACCACCACCAAGACAGAUCUAUUUAGGUUGAGAACCACCACCAAGACAGAUCUAUUUAGGUAGAGAACCACCAAGACAGAUCUAUUUAGGGAGAGCACCAUCAAGACAGAUCUAUUUGGGUAGAGCACCACCAUCAAGACAGAUCUAUUUAGUUAGAGCACCACCAUCAAGACCACCAUUUUUCUUCAAUCAGUUUUGAUAUAAAGAUUUCAGUGGGUGUCCUGGUGUUCUCCUAGCACGCGAUCAUUGCUCUCAGUUCCAUUACAUUACACACAAGAGUCAUCAUUGGACGAAGGCGUCUACUGUACGGGAAAGUUUUGUUAAGAGUCGCGACGCUCGGGCUGAACAUUUAACACGCAUCGUUUGCGGUACGGUUUUGCAAGCAUAAGGACCUUAUCUUUAUUUAUUUUUAAAGGUUAAAUUGAUACACACCUUUUAUAGGGUUCACACACGGUCGUAUCUCCAUUUAAGCACUAGUUUAGGGAAAACAUACGGAAGACAGAGUGGACUACCUGUGCUAGUUAGUUAUCUGCGUCUCAGAACAUCUGUGUGUAAAUGGAAGAUGACACACGGUGUUGUCACUGAAAAAUACUGUCGGCUGCAACUGUGUUGAAACCGGUUAAAACGGAGUACAGUGUUUCUUUUGUGUAUUUUGCAUUUGGGAAAUUACUUAGAGGGAAUUCAUGUUUCUAGAACCGUACUGCAAUUGAGGAUCGAUUCAGGUUUGGAUUGGAUUUGGGUUCCAGAACCACUUCUCCUUUAAACAGAACAUGUAAGGUCAUUGGACUAAGGAGUAACGUUAGGUUUAUUUAGUUUAUUAUUGGGCGAUUGUUCCCUUAGUUAGGGAGAGUGAAAAAUAGCAAUUUCAAUUCAUGCUUGAUUAUGUAUUACUGUUUGUACAGACACACACAAAGGUACAGACACAUGCACACUGCAUACAUUAUGAUAUUGUUGUAUGGUGGUAUUAAACAUUUUGUACUGUAGAUAUGUAGUGGUGUAAUAAUGUUAUUUGAUGUACUGUUUUAUCUCUUGUUUUAUAUGUAAUGUAUGUGCUUUAAUGUGUUUGGACCCCAGGAAGAGUAGCUGUUGCCUUGGCAGGAACUAAUGGGGAUCCAUAAUAAACCCCAGGAAGAGUAGCUGCUGCCUUGGCAGGAACUAAUGGGGGAUCCAUAAUAAACCCCAGGAAGAGUAGCUGCUGCCUUGGCAGGAACUAAUGGGGAUCCAUAAUAAACCCCAGGAAGAGUAGCUGCUGCCUUGGCAGGAACUAAUGGGGAUCCAUAAUAAACACCAGGAAGAGUAGCUGCUGCCUUGGCAGGAACUAAUGGGGAUCCAUAAUAAACCCCAGGAAGAGUAGCUGCUGAAUUGGCAGGAAUUAAUGGGGAUCCAUAAUAAACCCCAGGAAGAGUAGCUACUGCCUCGGCAGGAACUAAUGGGGAUCCAUAUUAAACCCAUGGAAGAGUAGCUGCUGCCUUGGCAGGAACUAAUGGGGAUCCAUAAUAAACCUCAGGAAGAGUAGCUGCUGAAUUGGCAGGAACUAAUGGGGAUCCAUAAUAAACCCCAGGAAGAGUAGCUGCUGAAUUGGCAGGAACUAAUGGGGAUCCAUAAUAAAUACACAUACAGUACAGAUAAAAUGUGUCCUAUAUACAAGAUAGAAAGUGUGUGUAUAUAUAUAUAUAUAUUCAGACAAAUUGUAAUUUUGCAACAAACAGGUGGAAAUAAA